AUGAGAUUUAACUCGGUCCUCGCCUACGCGCUCAGCGUCACACUUACACAGGCCUUGCCUCACGCCAUUCGCGACGGCAAGUAUUCGCGUCUGGUAGUCUUUGGUGACAGCUUUAGCGACAAUGGCAAUGGUGCAUGGGUUGCCAGUGACCACAAGUGGCCUGUCGACCCGGCGUACUACAACCACUCCUUCUCGAACGGGCCCAAGUGGAACGAAGUAGCUGCGAAAGACCUAGGCCUCGAGCUGCUCGAUCUUGCUACCGGCGGUGCUACUACAGACAACACCUACAUUGCUGGUGGUACCGGCCCCGAUUCGACGAUCCCUGUGCCCUCGGCGGCGGAUCAGAUCGCCAAGUUCCUUAAGGAGGACAAGGUCCGCCCCAACGAUAUCUUUGUGCACUGGAUUGGCGCCAACGAUAUUCUCUUUGACAACACCGCGUCGCCUGAAAAGGUGGCCGGCCUGAUCAAGGAUCACAUUGACCUUCUCCGAGCAAACGGCGCCCGCGCUGUCCUCGUGGCAAACUACAACGACAUUACCAAGUUCCCGGGCACCUACAACUCGGACUACUACAAGACCGCCAACGUGAAGUCCUACAACGAUGCCCUGACGGAGAAGCUCAAGUCGCUGGUGCGCAAGUACAGAUGCACCACCUUCAAGGCUGGCUUUGUGGAUAUCACCGAGAUUUUCCGUAGCAUCUACUCCAACCCUGCCAAGUUUGGCGUGAAGAAGAAGUAUCUUGAGCCUCCUACGGCAUGCCUGACGGGCGUAUACAAGAGCGAGGGCGUAGAGCGUAACCUCUGCAGUGACCCUGAGAAGCACAUCUGGUUUGAUGCGUACCAUGUUGUCCAGGAGGUGCACACUCUGAUGGGCAAGAAGUUUGAGAAGCACAUCCGUGUGCUGUAA